AUGAUAACUAAACCAGAGAAAGUAGUCGUCCAUCCUACGGUCUUAUUAAGCGUAGUAGAUCAUUUUAAAAGGUUAAAUGAUAAAAGAGUGGUUGGUAUCUUGCUUGGUUCUUUGAAAGGUCAAAUUUUAGAUGUAUCCAAUAGCUUUGCUGUUCCAUUCGAAGAAGAAGAAAAAAAUCCUGAUAUCUGGUACCUAGAUCAUGAUUAUCUAGAAAACAUGUAUGCCAUGUUCAAAAAAGUCAACGCUCGUGAGAAAGUGGUUGGUUGGUAUCAUACCGGACCGAAAAUCCACAGUAAUGAUAUAUCCGUCAACGAAGUCUUAAAACGCUUCGUAGCAAAUCCGGUUUUAGUCAUUAUUGAUGCUCAACCUAAAGAUUUGGGGAUUCCGACGGAUGCUUUUAUAGCGAUCGAAGAAGUCCAUGACGAUGGCACACCAACAAGUAAAACUUUUGAGAACCUACCUAGUGAAAUUGGCGCAGAAGAGCCUGAAGAAGUUGGAGUAGAACACUUGUUAAGAGAUAUAAAAGAUUCCACGGCUGGAACAUUGUCUCAACGCAUCACCAGUUAUUUACAAUCUUUAAAAGGAGCGCAGUUAGAACUGGACGGAAUCACAAAAUACUUAGAUAAAGUGAUACAGGGAAAAUUGCCUCUCAAUCAUCAAACAAUUUAUACAUUACAAGAAAUAAAUAAUUUGUUGCCGAAUGUGAACGUUGAAGAGUUUGCUAAAACAUUCACUGUCAAAACAAACGACCAGAUGUUGGUGAUGUAUUUAGCUUCAAUGAUACGAGCUAUUAUUGCCUUGCAUAAUCUGAUCAAUAACAAAGAAGCGAAUAGAAAUGCCGAACUAAACGAAGAAAGUAGUUCUGAUAAACCGGAUAAAUCGGAUAACCAAGGUAUGUAUCGAUCUAUAUUUUACUCACACCGUAAUUUCAUCUAG